GACAAAAGGGUCACAGCCAUGUAUAUUUUUGUCAAAAUACGCGCAUUUUUAAUCUAGUGAAAUAAAACGAGCGAAUUUAACAAAGUUAACGACAAAGGCAGUUUGAGCCCCUUGCGGUCCUUGUCGUGUAAGGUCCACCCCGAGGGUGUCCGAACACGCUAGUGCACGGAAAAGUAGCCAUUAUGGCGAAUGCAUCAGGAGGGUCCAUUGAUUUGGCCUCUUUGAUGAGGACAAAUAAAGUGGAGGCGCUUCACGCUACUGCCAGUUGUGGACCUACGAGAUUUCUUGUUUGGACACGGCUACCUGAAGACAGUUCUACCUGGAUUUUGAAUGCUACUGAUGGCGUCAAUGUCUGGCACUCACAACUGGACUUAGAGCAACUGGAUUCUCAUAGAGAGCUGGCAGAAAUUGACAAAUAUGAAGCCUACUUUUCAAUGUUCAGGUCUGGCUUUCAAAAUAGCUCCAUAUCUUUGGCACAGUUACCUAACAAAGUAAUUCUAACAGUUGGUGAGGGUAUUCCAUCUCUGAGCUAUGAUCUCAGCGAGGCAAAGGCAAUUGAAAAGAAGACAGAGUUGCAACUAAUUCUCUUCAAAUUAGCUGAUAAAGUAGCUGAACUGACUCAAGAAUUAAAAGUAUCUUCUGAUUCACUGGAAAGACUAAAGACUCAAAAGUAUGGGGCUCCUGGUGAAUUAUCAACAUUUGAUAUUCCUGCUAAAAAGACAACCCAAGCAGUCCCAGUUAAGAGAAAACAAGGUCGCAGUCUUAUUAACCCAGGAAGCAGAAAAGAAGCUGUGGUGGAAGCUGCUGAUGGUCAUAAUACAGAACAAAAUGUACACAUAUCGGUUCUGGGGAAUGAUCAGACAUUAGACAUCUACAAAUGCAUAGAUCCAGCAUGUGAACAUUUCUGCACCAAGACAAACAAGAGAUACCAUUGCCCUUUGUGCAACAAUAAGCCACAGAAACCAGGCCGCAUGCGCAGGCAUUUUGAAAAGAUGCACUCAGGAAAGCAGAUUGUUCUGCAUGAAGGACACCAAAUGCUCCGCUGCAAAUUAAGAUGUACCAAAGCUAAUGGCCGCAUAACUGACAAUUCACACUACCAUUGCUGUCUUUGUGGAAGAGUUCUUGUAAGAAAAGUACACCUUUACUGCCAUCUUCAAGCUCAUUCGGUCGGCAGCAUGCGUGAAAUUGAUGAGCUAUUAGAUGCAAAAGAUGAUACAGAAGAAGGGCCCAUGGAAGAUGCAGAAAUGGAUGAAGAUGAUGAUGAGAACCAUACGGCUUUAGAUACUUCACAGAUCACAACACUGGAAGGUUCAGAACAAGACAGUGUUGUUGCAUUAUCUGACGGCACACAGGUUGUCUUUGUGCAGUCCAUUCAGGACAGUGAAACUUUGACAGUUGUUCCACUUGAUGAGCCAUCUGACACCUUACAACUUACUCAGUCUGUUGCCCAGUCAGAUGUCACAACUGUAGUGUCCACUGCUGCUGAUUUAAGCACAAGCCUUCAGGUGUUAACUUCAGUGUCCUCUGGUCUUGGCAAUGAACAGCUGCAACUACCGCAGGAGCUGACAGUGAAACAAGUAAACGCUAUGCUCAGCCAAGGUGAGGAAACUAAUCAAGAUGCUUCAAUUACAACAGAAAGCUCCCAAGGCAAUUUACAUAAUAUUAGUGGGGUAAACACAGACAUGUCAGCAUAUGCUGAUCAACCAACAGGGGACAUUGACAUGGAGCAGAGCACAGAAACAGAGCCUGGCCUGCAAAAACAGUCUGAUGAGGAAGCAGUGGAAUUUGAACAGUGUCUGCAGGUUACUGAUGUCCAGAUGUCUCAGGAGAGCUCUGCCACAGGGGUUUCUGGAAUGGAACAAAAUAAUCUUCAACUUUCUCCAGUUGAGUCUUCUUCUGCUUCAGGGCAAUUAAUUACAUGUACUACCACUCCUGGCAAUGUGGUGCAGACUUCAACCUCGCAGUCCAUAGCGGAUCAAGGUUCUUCAAAACUCCUCAUGAUUAACCCAAUGAAUAAAUCAUUGUUUACGGAUGAUAGUGCUAGUGCAUCCCAAAAUGAUCAGAGAGGAAAAACUGCUCGGCAGGACACUCUUGUGUUGGUUGAUGCUACAACAGCACCCAAAGGAGAUGAUCAUGUGUUCAAGGUUCUGCUUAAUAACUUAUCGCCUGCUACCAGUUGUUUUUGUCAUCCAUCUGUUUUAAACGAAAAAAAUAAUUUAGACAUCCGGAGAUGUAAGAACACUUACUGUGACUGCAGGUUGUACCAUUGUCCUUUGUGCACUUGUUUGCCAAACAAACCAGGGAGAAUAAGGGAACACUUUAAAAAAAUCCAUGCCCAGGAUCUCAUUGUGAGAUACCAAGGUUAUCAAAUGCUACGAUGCAAACUUGGCUGUUCCCGUCCAAGUGGGACCAAAGUGUUUAAUUCUCACUAUCAUUGUUGCAUUUGUGGUGCAAUCUGUAUAAGGAAGUCAGGGGUUUAUGAGCACAUGAGGGUAAACCAUGCCAUGCAGCCAAUUAACAAAGACACUAUGUCACAGCAAACCCAGAGAGCAAAGUGUGAAACCAUGUCAGCAAAGCCAGUGGUUGUUCAAGUUCCCCCAGUUUCAACUGGACCUGCAGGACCUGUGACCCAAUUAAUUCAAACCACUCAACCCCAGACUCCAUCAAGCCAAGGCAUAUUCACAGGGACUGGGACCAGUCCACAAACAGUAACUGUUCAGAUACCUCAGCAAGGUUAUGUGGACGGGCAAGCACAGGCACAAGUGCAGGGGCAACAGCAAGUCGUGAUAUUGAUGCCGCAGCAGGUCAAUCCAAACCAAGUGCAAUUGCCUUCAGUCCCUGCACAGCAGCCUAUUGUUAUAGUUAUGCCGCAGGCAGGAGGGGGUCAGGUCACCCAGCCUAUUGUUGUACCUGUCCCUCAGCCUCCCAGCACUUGAAUUCAAAAAGAAAUUCCCAUAGUGCUUCAUGUUUUCAGUUGUAGCUGUUAACUUAAGACAAAACUACACACCACAGAUGUAUUUGACAUUGAUUCGUUGUUUUUCUUAUUAGUUAAAUAUAUCAUAAGUAAUAUAUCAUAAGUAGUAUAUCAAGUUGCCAUGGGUCUGUUCAGAAAAAAGAUCACAGACGACAUCGAAAUACGGUAAGAACCAAAAAGUGGCACCAUAUCUAUUACUGAACAGACUCAUGACAACAUAUUUGUUUCACUUAAUAAAAAAAGCAAAAUGUCGUUACUGCGA